GCGAAGGUUCGCGGGGUGGCCCCCGCUCCGGCUCCGCCCCAUUCCCGCACCUGGUCCCUCCCCCCGUUUCGUCCCGCAGUCUGGCAGCCGCGCCGAAGAAUCUGGUUUCCUGAGUUCAUACAGGGUUGUGUAGAGCAGGGUGGAAAGAUUGGACUUUGCAGUAGAAGCAGCAUCCCUAUAGUCUGGGACCUGGAGGAGGGCGACCCCACCCUGGGGAGGAGGGGACAGUGGACCCGCCCUGACCUAGCCUGGCCCAGCCUAGUUUUGCUGGGCCCGAGCGCCCCACCCAGGAGCCGGCUCAGAAGUAGAGACCACUGAGAGCUUGGCAGUCAUGGACAAGAUCUUGGAGGCAGUGGUGACUUCGUCCUACCCUGCGAGCGUGAAGCAGGGCCUGGUGCGGCGUGUGCUGGAGGCAGCACGGCAGCCACUGGAGCGCGAGCAGUGCUUGGCACUGCUGGCCCUGGGCGCGCGCCUCUACGUGGGAGUUGAUCAGAGGAUUUUGAUUUCAAAUCAGUGUUCCUCCGCCUGCGCGCAAGUAGCCCGGCUCCUGGCGCGGCAUCCACGCUGCGUCCCUGACGGCCCACACCGUCUGCUCUUCUGCCAGCAGUUGGUGCGUAGCCUCGGUCGCUUCCGCUGCCCUUCAGAGGGCGAGGAGGGCGCGGUGGAGUUCCUGGAGCAGGCUCAGCAGGUGAGCGGGCUCCUGGCGCAGCUGUGGCGCACGCAGCCCGCUGCCAUCCUGCCCUGUCUCAAGGAGCUCUUUGCAGUCAUCUCCUGCACAGAGGAAGAGCCGCCAUCUAGCGCCCUGGCCAGCGUGGUCCAGCACCUCCCGUUGGAACUCAUGGAUGGCGUGGUCCGGAAUCUCAGCAAUGAUGACAGCGUGACAGACUCCCAGAUGCUCACUGCCAUCAGCAGGAUGAUUGACUGGGUGUCCUGGCCCCUGGGGAAGAACAUUGACAAGUGGAUCAUUGCACUGUUGAAGGGCCUGGCUGCUGUUAAGAAGUUCAGCAUCUUGAUCGAGGUUUCACUCGCGAAAAUUGAGAAGGUCUUCUCCAAGCUGCUGUACCCCAUCGUUCGGGGAGCUGCUUUGUCUGUCCUCAAGUAUAUGCUGCUGACUUUCCAGCAUUCCCACGAGGCCUUCCACCUGCUCCUCCCUCACAUCCCCCCCAUGGUGACCUCACUGAUCAAGGAAGACUCGAACUCAGGGGCCAGCUGCCUGGAGCAGCUGGCAGAGCUGGUCCACUGCAUGGUGUUCCGGUUCCCAGGCUUCCCAGACCUAUACGAGCCUGUCAUGGAGGCCGUCAAGGACCUCCACGUUCCCAAUGAGGACCGCAUCAAGCAGCUGCUGGGGCAGGAUGCCUGGACCUCACAGAAGAGUGAGCUGGCUGGCUUCUACCCUCGGCUUAUGGCCAAGUCAGACACUGGCAAGAUUGGUUUAAUCAACUUGGGCAACACGUGCUAUGUGAACAGCAUCCUGCAGGCUUUGUUCAUGGCUUCCGACUUUCGACACUGUGUGCUUCGUCUGACUGAGAACAACUCACAGCCCUUGAUGACCAAGCUGCAGUGGCUUUUUGCAUUCCUGGAGCACAGCCAGAGGCCCGCCAUCUCCCCAGAAAACUUCCUCUCUGCAUCCUGGACACCCUGGUUUAGCCCCGGCACCCAGCAGGACUGUUCAGAGUAUCUCAAGUACCUGCUGGAUCGGCUGCAUGAAGAGGAGAAAACAGGCACAAGGAUCUGCCAAAAGCUCAGGCAGUCUAGCUUGCCCUCUCCCACUGAGGAGUACCCCAGCGUGAGUUCAACCUCCGUGGAGAAGAUGUUCGGAGGCAAGCUUGUGACGCGGAUAUGCUGUCUCCACUGCCUCAACGUCUCAUCCCACGAGGAGGCCUUCACUGACCUCUCUCUUGCCUUUCCUCCUCCUGAGCGUGGUCGGCGCCGCCGCCUGGGCUCCGUGAUGCUCCCUGCAGAGAAUGUCAGAGUCCCGGAGCUCCCAUCUGUCCCCCAAGCCCAAGUUCCCAGCAGGGUGGGUCCUCGGAGGCAAAGGAAACUCUGCAUCACGGGGGAUGCCCCCCCAACCAUGCUGGACAUCGGAGGCCGGGGCCCCCCUGGAGCUGAGGAGCAGACCAGUGGGCGAGAGGAGGAAGGGGAGGAGGAGAAGGCGGAGAGGGAGGAGGACGGGAAGGAGGAGACGGUGGCAGAGGAGGAAGAACUGAGAAAGGAAGAGGAAGGGAAGGAAAAAGAGGAAGAGAAAGAGCAAGAGGAAGCCGAGCAGGAGAAAGAGAAGGAGGAAGAAAAAGAGGAAGAAGAGAAGGAAAAAGAGAAAGAGGAGGCGCCUGAGAAGGAGGCAGAGAAGGAAGAGGACAGCUUGGGGCCAGGGAUGCACAGGGAUGUUGCCACCCCCUCCAGGGAGCGGCUGUGUGGCCCCGAGGGCUCCCGCUCUGUCCUGGACCUGGUCAACUACUUCCUGUCCCCUGAGAGGCUGACGGCAGAGAACCGCUACUACUGCGAGUCUUGCGCCUCCCUGCAGGAUGCGGAGAAGGUGGUAGAGCUGAGCCAGGGCCCACGCUACCUCAUCCUCACGCUGCUGCGCUUCUCCUUCGACCUGCGCACCAUGCGGCGCCGCAAGAUCCUGGACGACGUCGCCAUCCCCCUGCUGCUCCGCUUGCCGCUGGCUGGGGGCCGGGGCCAGGCCUACGACCUCUGCAGUGUCGUCGUGCACUCUGGCGUGUCCUCGGAGAGCGGCCACUACUACUGCUAUGCCCGCGAGGGCGCCGCCCGCCCAGCCCCUUCCCUGGGAACUGCAGAUGGGCCAGAGCCUGAAAACCAGUGGUACCUGUUCAACGACACCCGGGUGUCCUUCUCUUCCUUCGAGUCUGUGAGCAACGUCACCUCCUUCUUCCCCAAAGACACAGCCUAUGUGCUCUUUUACCGCCAGCGGCCUGGGGAGGGCUCCAAGACCGAGCCGGGCUCCCCCAGAGUCCGCACAGAGCCCACCCUCCACAAGGACUUGAUGGAAGCCAUUUCCAAAGACAACAUCCUCUACCUGCAGGAGCAGGAGAAGGAGGCGCGGAGCAGGGCGGCCUAUAUCUCUGCACUCCCCACAUCCCCGCACUGGGGCAGGGGCUUCGAUGAAGACAAGGAUGAGGACGAAGGCUCUCCGGGGGGCUGCAACCCUGCAGGUGGCAAUGGCGGUGACUUCCACAGACUGGUCUUCUAAUGUGAGCCCUCCCAGCCUGCUCCCACCUGUGGGCCACAUGGCCACCUCACAGGCCUUGCCCCUUUCUCUUGGGGAGCCAGGUGGUGGGGGCCCAGGUCCCAGGUGGAGCUGCUGUGCUGGGUGGGUCUGAGGGGGCUGAAGGAGGCCCUUCAAAGGGCAAGAAAGAUGGGAAGGGCAUUAUCCGGGUCGACGGCCCUCAGUCCAAAGGGUACGCGGACACCCAAAUGUGGAGGUAAGUCCCAGGCCUGGUGCUGAGAUCUGCCCCGUUGAGAUGUACACCCAAGUGUCCUGGCUGGACAGGCUCUGGGCCUUGCCUCCUGUCCUCACAGGUGGGCUCGGGAGCGUCCUGGCCUUGAGUAGCACUUCCCUCCCCCAGCUCUUGCUUGAUAGGGUAGAAAGCACAGUGGACCCAGAGGAUGUCAGCCAGGGUCAGGAAGAGGCUGUGUGAUGCCUCUGCUGGGCCACCCUCAUCUUUCCAAGGGGAUUUGGGCCGGGUAUGUGGGUGCCUUUGGGGGUUCCUGUAUUGACUGUGUUUGAGGAGUGCAGGUGGGAAGCAGUGUGGUACAGGUCUGAGAGGAAGAAUCUUACCUGUCUCCUUCACAUGUCCCCUCACUGCCCCAAGCACCGCCACAGAGGGGAGAAGGGCCCCUCAAUCCCCACCCCCCCGCCUGCCUCAGUGCCUGAAGCGCCACUGUCUGCAUCCCCCUUCUGGUAAAGGUAGAAAAAUCUUUAUUUUAUUGCAAAGACAUUCGCUCAUCAGGAAGCCACUGUCUGUCUGAGGAAGCUGGCUAGCUCGGCUCCUGUGACCCACUGGCCCCAAGACGGUGGGUGGGGGUGGACUGUGACAUAUAGCUGUUGACCUCACUGUCCCAUGCCACUACUACAGCCCCUUCUAAAUGGAGAGGAGAAACCCGUGUUCUCCAACAGGAAUAAAACUAGUUCUCUGAAGCCUGUGAAAGAUGUCAUUCUUCCUGUCUUGAGCUGUGAUGGCUGCUGUAUCCUUGGUUUUCUUCCUUGGGCAGUCUGAUGGUGGCCUUGGCUCCUGGAUUGGAAGG